AGCCGCCGCCCGCGCCGGGGCCAUGGAGGAGUUUCACCCCCACAACGACGAGAUGAUCUUCAAUGCUGAUGAGGCCCACAACAUAGUUAAGGAGUGCAUAGAAGGUGUUUUAGGCAAGGCAGAUUAUAAUCACAACAAAGUCAACCAGUGGACUGCUGCUAUAGUAGAACAGUCGCUGACACAUCUGGUAAAACUCGGAAAAACAUAUAAGUACAUCGUAACCUGUGCAGUGAUGCAGAGGAGUGGAGCUGGUCUUCACACAGCAAGCUCGUGCUUCUGGGAUACCACAACUGAUGGAACCUGCACAGUGAGAUGGGAAAACCGAACAAUGAACUGCAUUGUCAAUGUGUUUGCUGUUGCUAUUAUCCUGUAGCUGACUGGAAGAUAAAUAUAAGCAACACCGAAGCCUUUAAAAAAAAAAAAAAAAUCAUCCAAACACAUGGCUAAAUAUUUCAAACCAUUAUUUGUUUUUGUAUGAGGAGCAUACAGAAGUUCUCUACAGAGAGCAUACAGUCUAAGCCAGUUCUUAUAGAUUAAUUAUCUGAAAGCUAGCAAAAAAUUUAAAUUAUAUAUAUGUAUCUAUCUGAAGAGAAAGUUUUAGUAAUGUAAAUAUUCAGAAGCAUGUUAAUGAGAAGAUGCCACGAAGAUCAAUACAAUUUAUAUCAAAGCUAAUAUCAAAGAUACUUUAUUCAAGAGGAACAAAACACAUCAAAUCAAAGGAAAGGUCAAAGGGCGAGCAAGAGCUCUCAGGAUUAUGGUGCAUUUGCGAACAAAUUAUGAACACAAUUCAGAGUGGAUAUACUGUAAACAAUACUGGUGCUUCAUGUUUGACUAAACAAAGCUAACUGUCACAUUGAAUGCUGGUGCUUAUGAAAUUGCAUGAGCAUCACACUUCGGUCAAGCAUGAACAUUUACAUUGAAAUUAAACCCAGUUAAGCUUUUCCCCUGGAGGCAGAGGAUGACUUCACUGGGACAAAGGUGAACUAUACCUAGUCCUAGCAAAAUUCUAAUUUAUCUUCAGAAUGAAGAACAUAAUAUGUGUUAUCGAUUCAGGGAAACAUGCUGGGGAUCAGACAUCAGCCCUUAAUUCAUAGUUUAUAAAUCUGAAAACGUUCUGAAGGUACUUAAAUUUGAUUUUAUUCCACGAUUGUGGAAUUUGUGACAAGCACUUUAUUGAUUCCUUGUGCAGUAGCCAGGAGCUGGGGCAAUAAGACUGGACCCACAUUACUCCAAGCAGGAUUAAAGUGUUCGGAGAGAAGGCACACACAUUUCUAGAGGCUCUUGUUAGCUUUGAAAGCAUUUACCUUAAAGCAACAUAUCUGUUCUUUAUAGGAGUGUUUCCUAUGUUCUCUAAGUCUAGAAUUGGAUCUCAGUCCUAUGAAAUAAUACAGUUAAGUUUUAAGCACUAAGAAUUCCCCUCCUGUAAAGAUUUAUGCAAGUUCUUAACUUUGCUCAUCUGAUGAGUCUUAACUUGAAAUAUUCCACGUGGAAGAAGAGCAUUUGCACACACGCAAGUAUUUGCUGGAUUGGGGCCUACAUUUUAAUGCACAAAUUAUAUGAUAAAGAGAUGUAUCAAUACCAAAAAUGCCUAAAUGAUUGCUGCCACUAAGUGGCAGUUACAUUAAGUUGUUUUCUCAGAUGCUGCUUAAGGAUAGAAUUUGUUCUUUAUUACUGCAUGUCUUUGGAAGAGACUGGUAACUACCCAACAGCUACCGUAAGGCUGUUUUGGAUUUUAACAAAUGAAUAUUAAAGCACUGUAACGCAGUUUUGUUUGGGUUUUUUUUCAGAUAACUGACUAUUAGGGCAUGUAGCAAGUGUCCCAUACAAAGAACAAGCUAAAAACCAUUUCAUUGCUUAAAUUGUGUAUACAUACAGCUAGUAUGAGACUACAGAAGGAACGCCUGUACGUGUAAUUCACAAUACCAUUCAAAAUCUCUUGUAUUGCAGACAAAUAGAGUUCCGCUUUUACCUAAGCGCAAGUAAAAUUAAUACUGUAAUAUUGCAUUUGCCUAACAGGCAAGUGUAGCGUGAAGAUGUAUGUGUAUGUUGUACUGACCUUCAAAUGUGUAAUAAUUUAACAUUAUUUGGGUUAGGAUGGCAAUUUCUGAACUAGGUGCGAGCGUCCAAGAGCUGAGUUGUGGAACUGACAAAAAUGCAGUAGUUUCACUGAUAUUUGGGAUUGUGCAAAGUGAAAAAAUAAGUGGGGUAGCAACUGGAAGAAGGUUUGGUACAAUCGAUACAGUUUAAGAAGUGGGUGAGUAAAAAUAGCAGUGGCUGUUAUCCCCCUUUAAUGGGCAUUCAGGUGCCAUGGUCAGAAGAAAUAUUCCAAAUAGCCACUUGUAAUCUCAUUUGGUAUUUUUGCUUUACUUGAAAACAAGAUGCACUGAGUAAGACUAUCAGUUUAAUGAGGCUUGGUGAAGGUUCUGCUGCAGGAAAAACCUAGAAAAUACUGCUUAAUUGUAAGACUGCUUCAUUUUUCUUUCUACCAAAAAAAAUAAAGUUUUGCCUUAGUUGUA